CAAUUGCUUCUGUUUCUGGAGCAGUAAUAUAUUUUCUUGUUUCCCAAUUUCUGGCAGUAUUUAUAAUAGUAUUAAUGUCAUCUAGGCUAGCUGCUUAUACAGGCAUAGUAUACUCAAGUUGUAAUCUUUGUAUAAAAUGUUAUUGGAUAAAUGCUGGGG